GGGCUGAAUCGCCCACAUCUACAUUUUCCUUCGCUCCCUCCGAUGUCAUACAUCUUCCAAAUGGCUCAUCGGGCUCCAUGAUGCUAAGCAGUUCCCUCAUCUCAUGAACUAUCUCUCCCGUUUAUUCUUCCCUCGCAAACGCCUAUCCGCCGCUAUGAAGCCCCUCAUAGCUGUCGUCGGUGCCACUGGCACAGGCAAGUCCAAGCUUGCAGUGGACCUAGCAUCUCGUUUCAACGGUGAGAUCAUCAACGGCGACGCAAUGCAAAUGUACCGCGGUCUCUCCAUCAUCACGAAUCAGAUCCCCGUCGAAGAACGAAACGGCAUCCCACACCACCUGCUGAGCUGCGUCGAACUGGACGAAGAGCCGUGGCGCGUCGGCCUGUUCAAGAAAGAAUGUCUCCGCAUCAUCCAGGAAAUACACGACAGAGGAAAACUGCCGAUCCUCGUUGGAGGAACCCAUUAUUACACGCAAGCUGUAUUGUUCAAUGACCAGCUGGUUGGUGACGCUUCUGCCGCGCUCGAGGAGCUAGAUGGCCAAGCGAACGGAGAACCGAUCGAGCCUUCUACGAGAUGGCCCAUCCUCAAUGCGCCUACCGAGGUGAUCCUACAGAAGCUGCGGGAGGUCGAUCCGGUAAUGGCGCAACGCUGGCAUCCGAAUGAUGGGCGGAAAAUCCGCCGCUCUCUCGAGAUCUAUUUCCAGACUGGGCGGCCGGCCUCGGAAGUCUAUGCCGAGCAGAAACGCGCCAAGGAGGGAGCCCUGACGUGUAACAGCUCCGAUGGCACGGGCCAGCUGCGGUUUCCGACGAUGUUCUUCUGGAUCCAUUCGGAGAAAGAGGUCUUGAAUUCGCGCCUCGACGGACGCGUUGGGGUCAUGCUCGAGCAGGGAUUGUUGUCGGAAGCACAGCUUAUGUGGGACUAUCUCCGAGAGAAAAAGUCACAGGGGAUCACCGUUGACCAGACGCGGGGCGUCUGGGUCGCCAUCGGCUUCAAAGAACUUGCACCGUAUCUCGAGGAAUUGCAUAAGGGAACAGCGAGCCCAGAAGAACUGGAAGCCUUGAAGCGAACAUGCAUUGAGUCUAUCAAAACCGCUACUCGCCAGUAUUCCACGUCGCAGAUCAAAUGGAUACGCAAUAAGCUGUGGAGAGCUCUCGCAGCAAUCAACGAGACAUCCCGCUUAUAUCUCCUGGACAGUACGAACGUCGAAAACUGGACUGGUAGCGUCACAGAUCCAUCGGAGCACCUCGUUCGCUCCCUGCUUAGCGGCGAACCUACCCCUGAUCCCAAAUCACUCUCAGACUUUGCAAGGACAGUACUGGGCGAAAAGGAAGCAAAGUCGCGUGAAGAAACCGAUCCUGGCUCAGAAACCAUCACUUGUGACGUUUGCAAGAGGACUUUGGCGAACAGCGAGCAGUGGAACAUCCAUAUCCGUGGCCAGGCUCACAAGAGGGUCUUGAAAGCUGCCGUAAGACGAGCACAACGCGAAGAGCGCAUUGCAAAG